CUUCUCCCCAUUGGCCUCAGCUUAGCCAGCCUCUACAUUCAGUCUUCUUAAUGAUUGCCAGUCGGCGAAUGGCCUGCACUUCCUGCAGGCAGAGCAAGUCUCGCUGCGAGAAAGGCGAUGGCCGCUGUAGGCGGUGCGAGAAACACGGCUUGUUGUGCAAAGAAGACCCCCAAUUUCACAGAAAUGACAAAAAUAGGCGAUUUGAUGAAUUGGAAAAGCGCCUUGGAAGUAUUCAUGAAUGCUCUCGAACAUUCUCAGCAAGGAGGCUCAACAGCACCAACACCCCAAGAUAGACCACGAGUGGAAAAUUCACCGCCUAUAUCAGGUCAUCAGGGAGAUGUGUCACAGGUGGUGGUGCAUCCAGCUAUCGAUCCGUCUCUACAACCUUCUCAAUCCACGGGAAGCGACUUCUUGCCGCCGAAUAGUCGUCGUACGCUGCCUUCAGUAUCAUCUCCCGCUUCUGUUGAUGCAAUUUCUCGUUGCAUAGGAGCUGUUCGGCUCAAGAAUACUCACAUCAAUGAGCUGUUCAAUGUGUUUUUUUACUUCGUAUCACCCCUUCCUCCCCUUUCUUGAUCCUGAUCAGAUGCCCGAUGAGUAUUUAUUCAAGUCAAC